AUGUCAUCAUCAGCUGCGUCUGAAGAGUCUACUAUAUCACAUGGUGGGGUACAUAUCGGGAUUUGGAGAGUCCCUCUCCCCACUCCGGCCCCGACCACCUCGUCAGACUGGGUACAGAAUGCCAGUGUUAACAACGCAUCCGACAUGCUUCUUGGUCACUCGCACCUGGAGUCAGACAACACCAAUGUCCGACAUGAUGGUACGGACUUGGACUUAACGGCAGGGAAACUUGUGUUUGUGAUUUUCAUGUUCCUUCUGAACAUCUUCAUGGUUGUUGGAAAUACCAUCUCAAUUGUAACCAUAGCCAAGACACCCAAUCUGAGGAGCAGGACUUACUACUGGCUGGUGCUAAAUCUUGCUAUUGUGGAUCUGUUUAAUUCGCUCACAGUUGUUCCAAUCAACACGAUAUGGGAACUCUAUGGAAUCUGGCCCUUUAGUAUGGACUUUUGCAACAUCACGAUCUGCGCAGAUCUUGCGUUCAGUGCAAUCGCAAGUUAUUCCACGGUUCUUGUGUCUAUUGACAAAUACCUGUACAUCACUAAGCCCUUCCUUUACCACAGCAUCUCGGCACCAUGUGUAGCUCUUGGAUCCAUGAUAGCAGUGUGGGUCAUAUGGAUCACCUUCUCCGCUGUGUCCGUAUUUGGAGACUUUGCUCGCAACCCACAUCCGAAUGAAACCAUCUACAACGGAUUGGACGUAUGUAACUUCGUCAUGACAGACUUAUACGCAGUCCUCAGCGCUAUAGUAUCUUUUAUAGUCCCGUUCUGUAUACUCCUCUUCACAAGUCUUAAAAUUCUCUGUGUGGCCAGGAAACACAUUUGCCGCAUUGCCGCCAAUCAUGAAAGUGUGCAGCAGUCCGAAUCCCAGUCUGUUCAGUUAGCCGUCAACUCAUCGCGACGAAACACAGAUGCCAAUACAACCAGUCUGCCUCGAACCUCCAUCUGGACUACCAGCUCUACAUCCACAACACAAACAUCAAGCAAAAGCAGCCGAGAGGAAAAUGGGUCCAUAAAAAGGAAAUUUCCACGAGACAGUUGUCGAGCUUUUGGAACUGUGAUGAUCGUAGUUUUGUUCUUUAUCAUCAUGUUUGCUCCAUACUGGUUUGCCUCUGUUGUGGAUGUUGGGUGCAGCUGUAUAGCGCGCCGUGGGUGUACGAGGAUUACCUCUCUGUGUUUUAUUAUAGUCACUCCCUGGUAA